CUUGAUACGCCCCUGGAUGACGUGGCGCAUGCGUAUACAACGCAUUUGACAGACACCGACGUUUUAACGAAUUCAUUAUUGUUUGCCAGUGAUUCGUUCGUGUACAACGUCGAAAAAUCACCGUUUGAAACCCCCGAAACCAAGGAAAAAGCUGCAAAAUGGUUACUCACAUCACUAGCAAGGAUGAUCUCGAAGCAAAAUUGAACGAUGCUGGUUCAAAAUUGGUUAUCAUCGACUUUUUCGCCACCUGGUGCGGACCAUGCAAGAUGAUCUCGCCCAAAUUGGAGGAACUCGCCAAAGAAUACUCCGACAUUGUCAUCUUGAAAGUUGAUGUUGAUGAAUGCGAAGAUGUGGCUAUGGAGUACAAAAUUUCGUCGAUGCCCACUUUCAUUUUCAUCAAGAACAAGCAAACAAUCACCACUUUCAGUGGUGCCAACUACGACAAACUGAAACAAUGUAUUUUGGAAAACAAGUAGAUAUAUUUUUCACUGUAUUAAAAAAAAACGUACUUGAGUUUAAACUUAUAAAUGUUCCAUAUAUUUUGCAUAGUUUUUUAAUGUAUUGUACACAAUUGUUCAAGUUUCCACAGUAGUAGUGCCUCUAUCACAAUAAAGUGUUAUAUAUUUGUGU